AUGGUCGACUGUUAUAGGUUUAACGAGCAGCUUCGUCUUGCAGAACGCCAUGUGCAGUUUAAUCGUGAUGCUCUAGCUACCGUCAUAUGCCAAUCUACCGGUCGACCGGAGUCUGAUCUUAUCUCAAUAACGAAACUCGCAGAAGGCGGCUUUAACCGUGUGCUUCAAGCUACGUUCAAAGAUGGCUAUACGGUUCUUGCCAGGAUUCCUUACCACUCGAUGGUACCAAAGCGCUUUGCUGUUGCGAGUGAAGCUGCUACCCUUGGCCUACUACACUCGCGUGGUUUACCAGUUCCAAGGGUUCUUGGUUAUUCUGCAAGCAAUUCAAACUCCGUUGGCGUUGAAUAUCUGCUUUUAGAAAAAAUCAACGGUAGCCCUCUCGGAGAUCGGUGGUUUACCAUUGGCAAUAAGACUCGCGCCGAAAUUAUGAAGCAGAUUGUCGCAGUCGAGACGCGGUUCAUGUCUAUUACAUUCCCCGCAAGCGGCAGCUUAUACUACCGUAAAGAUCUCACAUCAUCGGAACCCAAUGUACUAUUACCCGAACAGACCACUGCCGAUGAUAUAGCCGUUGGCCCUAUUGCGCAGUAUGAAUGGUGGUAUAAGGAACGAGAAUCGUUAGACGUCGAUCGUGGCCCGUGUACUACACCCUGCUUAUCUUUCUCUCCCUAG